UCUCCCACUUCCCUCACCAGACAGCAGCCAGCAACACAGGCGAACACAACUCUCUCGCUCACUCACACGUUGUCUCUCCCUGCAGCUGCAACACAUCCAGAGACCACAGAGAGACCACAACAACAGCCGGACCUCAGACGCUGGUGUCCCCUCAUCCACAUCGAGUUACACUUAGAAAGGAUCCCAGCAGGAGAAACACAACAACCGCUGCAGCUUGCAGAAACACGGGAAUCUACGGCUUUAUUGAAUAUAUAAAGCCACUGGGAAAACUUUUAUCUACUUGUUAUUUACGCUGGUGAUCCUUCUACGCCGUGCCACAAUGUCCGAGGUGCUGCCAUACAACGAGGGGAAAAUGAGCGGCUACGGGGCGGACAGUGAGGUCAGUCAGAUGUCCUUUAGCUGCGGACUGCAGGACACAAGCGCCUUUUUCGCUGGGUCGCAGGCGAAAAGACCCCCGAAGCUUGGACAGAUCGGCAGAGCCAAGCGAGUGGUCAUCGAGGACGACCGAAUAGACGAGGUCCUGAAGGGGAUGACAGACAAGUCUGCACCCGGCGUUUAAACAUGAGCGAGUCUUGCAGACUUUUUAUUUUUGAUCACCGAUUUGAAGCACUUGUCGGCUGUGCAUGUUCGAGGAUUGCAGGAGAAGAACGACGGCACGAAGCGAGAAUGGAGUGACUGACGAAACGGCAAUGAAAAGGGAAAAGAAGGGGGUAAAAAUGGAGAAAGCUAAGGGAAGAUAAAUGUGGAAGACAAGGAUGAAGAAAGAAAGAGAAGAAGAGAGAGAGAGACUCUGGAAAAGACCAAGAUUUAUCAUGGGAUUGCUGGCAAUUCUCCAAACGAAUCCCGAUUUUAACUACUGCUGUGCAGCAAGAUGUUGAGAUGGCGGACUCCGAUCUGUAUCCCAACCUCUGCUGACUUUAAUGAUGGAUGAACUUGUCAUUACUUCACGACCAUCUCUUUUUCCUUUCCAACAGCGUUGUAAGCAACACAAUACUGCAACUGGAGGCUGAAGCUAAAUCCCAGCCCUAUUUCAAUAAGUUGUACAGUACAGUAGGUAGUCUAAGCUCUCAGACGUCCCUCCUCCCUCCCCCCCUCUCUUUCCCCCUCCCCCUCCUUUAGGCUUUGCUUUGUUGAUUCAGUCAGCGACGGUGCAUUCAAGGGAGCUGUCCUUUCAGCACUGGGCCAAUGCAUUCCUGUUGCUGCUAACGCUUUUUAAAAAGAGACCAACCAAACUCUCGAGUCUGCUAAAUAGAGGAGACCCAUUGUAUGUAAAAACAUAUAUCCAAGGAUGGUGCAAUGUUAAUAUUUUCUGUAGUAGAAGCCCUGUUUGUUUUUGGCCCUUAAAGAACAUUAGGCCACAGAUUAAACCUGAACCACAGGCUACAUUCUUCUUCUUCUUCUUCUUCUUCUUCUUCUUCUUCUUCUUCUUCUUCUUCUUCUUCUUCUUCUUCUCUUCUUCUUCUUCUUCUUCUUCUUCUUCUUCUUCUUCUUCUUCUUCUUCUUCUUCUUCUUCUUCUUCUUCUUCUUCUUCUUCUUCUUCUUCUUCUUCUUCUUCUUCUUCUUCUUCUUCUUCUUGCAUUACCCAUCAGUGGUUAAAGGUGCAGCUUGGCACCUCCAUGUAGCUGAUUUACACCUGCACAUAUCUUUUCUUCCCUUUUUUGUUUUGUUUUUGCAUUUUCAAAUGCUCAGAUAUUUACAGAGGCCAACACAUAUUAUAGUAAAUGUUUAAAUAAUAGUCAUGAAAUUGAUGGGAAAAAAAUGAUGCUUUCCAUAAAUUUGGUUAUUUUAAUUUCGCAAUUAUUCGUGUUUGCUCUGCGAUGAGUUUUUUCUCCAUCUAUCUGCAUGAACUUUCACUCCGGUGCCAACGCAGGUGCCACUACUCUUACCCUGGCACGCUUCUUUUUAACAAAAGUCAUAUUUGUAUUUUUAUAUCUAAAUAUUUGUUAUUUAAAUGAUAUGCUAGUCUGUCGUCUUACAAUUCAUCAACAAAAAUAUUUCUACUUCAGAGAGGAUAUACAGGAUGAGACUAGGCUUCAUGGAGGUGAAGUUAAAAUUUUGGUGGACUGGUCUCAUUCUAUAUCAGAGGUCGGGCGUUUUUUAAAGACUAACUGAAUGUGUCUGGGGUUUUUGCACACAUCAAUGUUAAACUAUUAUUAAGAAAUCGUAUACUGUGACUUGAGCUUCGUUGAUGAAUUUGUUAGAAAAUGGCAGUUUUAGAGUAUAUUGCACUGUUUACGAGUAUUCUCAAAUAACAGGUUGUUAUUUGACCGAUUUUGGACAUUACAGUUUUUGUUUUUUCAUUUUGUUUAUUUUGUACCAUUAUUUUAAAGAAACUGGAUAUGGUUUGUUGUGCAUGAAACCUUAAUAUUUUCAAAAAUGAAACAUCACUUUAUGAAGCAAAAAAGCAACAAAAAUGUCAUGACAUUCUAAGAAUGAGUCAUUGUAUAUUAUGAUGCCAUUUUCACUGUAUUUGGUGAAUUAAUAAAUGGUGAAAGAACAUGUAAA